AUAUGAAGAUGAGAAAGUAAUUUGUUUACUCUUUUGAUCAUAUUAAAUUCCUCUCUUCACCCUAUUCUUUCAAUCAAUGGAGGUGGUGUCUAAUAGGUAUGUUGUGAUCAAGAACUUCAUCAAUGGCACGCCCAAUGAGUCCAACUUUGAGAUCAAGACCGAUUCCAUUUCUCUAUCAAUACCCCGUGGUUCGGGAGUUGUCAUAGUCAAAACUCUUUACUCAUCGAUUGAUCCAUACCAACUAAAUCGUAUGAAGGAAAGCAGCCCGUCACAAAACGCCAUAAGCUUUUCUGCUCGUAUCAAUCUUGGCGAGGCCAUUGACGCUUUCGGAGUGGGGAGAGUGGUGGAUUCUGAUCAUAGCGAGUUCAAGAAGGACGAUUUAGUCAUAGGAGUUCUUCAAUGGGCAGAAUAUAGCAUUGUCCAUGAGUUUAGCACAUUGAACAAAUUGGAGUUAAUUGGUUUUCCUUUAUCAUACCAUAUUGGUGUCCUAGGGUUUAGUGGGCUCACGGCUUAUGGUGGAUUCUUCGAAGUCUGCAAGCCCAAGAAAGGGGAGAAAGUUUUCGUAUCCGCAGCCUCGGGGUCAGUAGGAAACUUAGUGGGGCAAUAUGCCAAACUGUUUGGUUGCUAUGUGGUUGGUUGUGCGGGAACAAAUCAAAAGGUUGAGCUCUUAAAAGAGAAGAUUGGAUUUGAUGAUGCUUUCAACUAUAAAGAAGAACCGGACCUAAAUUUGGCUCUCAAAAGGUACUUUCCCGAUGGUAUCGACAUUUAUUUUGACAACGUUGGUGCGGAGAUGCUAGAAGCAGCAGUCUCAAACAUGAACAUAAACGGUAGGGUUGGAGUUUGUGGUGUGAUUUCUGAGUAUACCGACACCAAUAAAAGAGCUGCUCCAAACAUGCUCGACAUUAUCUACAAGAGAAUAACAAUCAAAGGGUUCUUAGCUGCCGAUUACAUGAAUGUGUACGCGGAUUUUAUUUCUACAACAUCGGACCAUAUUCGCUCAGGUAAGCUUCAUGUGCUCGAGGAUGUCUCCUUCGGCUUGGACAGCUUGCCGGCUGCCUUCGUUGGACUUUUUCGUGGAGACAAUGUAGGAAAAAAGAUUGUUAAGAUAUCUGAGGAUUAAAUUGAAAAAAAAGAGUCAUAUUCAAAAGAAUAAUGUGAACCAUAAAUUAUUUCUUUACCAGUACAAUUUAAC